AGAAGAAGAAAAAGAAGAGUCAAACUGGAAGUCUUUCGCGGGAAUUGACAGCUGGAUGUAGUGGUAGAGAGGUGGGUUGUGUUACCAGGAAGGGAAAAGAGUAUUUAAAAGAGAAGAUGCCAUGAGAACAAAUAGAUGGGAGUGUUUCUUGAAGAAAAUGAGGCCUUUAUUGAAUGUUCGUCAAGUCCUUCAGUUGUAUUAUGGAGAUGUAGGUGCUGAGGGUGAGCCUCUAUCAUCUUCAUCAUCCGAGGAAGAAAGUGGCGUUGAGGAUGGUUAAGUGACAGAUCCGUCUUCAGUCUCCGGCGAUGGUGAGUGUGAUGAGGAGAAUGAAGGAUCUACACAGAGACCUAACCAGAGAGGACAGAAGUCGGGUGAAGUCCAGAUCUCCCUUAACUUAGCCACAGCAAUGCUUGGAGCCCUGGGAAACAGAAAAUGACCCUGACACUGCCCCAGAAGUCAGCUACUUCAUGCCACUGAGAACACCAGGAGCCCAGGUGGACACCCAUGCAUCCUAUUCACCUCUGGACCUGUUUCAGCUGUAUUUCUCUCCAAUCAAAGUGCAAACCCUCUGCAGAAACACCAACAAGCAUGCAGCAAGGAAUGAAGAUUUUGGAAAGGAGUACAAAUGGGUUAAUGUCGAUGCUGAGGAGCUCUACAAGUUCCUUGGGCUCCUCGUAUACAAAUAUACUGCAAGGCCCAAUAUCACCUGAGAAAGGAGUUGACUGUUGCUGAGAGAAAAGUAGCCUCCAAAGGAAACAAGCUGUUUGUGUCGACUGACUAAAGCAAUGGCUACACAAUGAAUAUCAACAUUUACGCAGGUAAAAAAUACACACACACAGGGCAUGGGCUCUCGUAUGAUGCUGUGAUGUAUCUUAUUUAGCCAUCAUAUCUUGGCACUUGCUACCAUGUUUACAUGUACAGUUUUUACACAAGUCCCCAAUUGUUUCUUAACUUGAUCAACAUGAAAUUUGUAGCCUGUGGUACAUACAAUGACAGUAUGCAAGGUUGUCCAACUGGGUGAAAAAAUUACCUCACUAAAAAUCAGAGAGGGGCGCAAUGAGAUGGAUCAGAGAGGGCUCCCUGGUCUUUGCACAAUUCAUCCAGCAUUUACUGGGGAGGUUUUCAAGAGGAGGGUGAAGGAGAAAGAAGGAAGCUGUGUAGUGAAGAACAUCUCCUGCCCUACCCCAAUCAUUGCAUACAACAAGAACAUGGGUGGGGUUGACCUGUCCAACCAGUUGCUCCAGUACUAUUCUACUCACCACAAAACUGCAUGCUGGUACUGCACCCUGCUUUUGCACCUUGUGGACAUUGCCAGCACAAAUGCCUACAUUCUGCACUACAUUCUAUUAGCAUCUCAGACGAAGCCCAUGUCCCACAAGGACUUCCAAACUGAACUGGUGACUAAGUUGUGUGGAGUGGACAGCACAUGCAUGCCCUCCAACAGGAGUACUAACCACAUUCCUGUUGCCAUUGCCAGGGUAACGGAUCCCAGCCUGAAAGCCACACAAGGCCCCAGGAUUUGCCAACGCUGCCACCGGGUGGACAAAAAAAGAUAUCUCACUCCCUGGAAAUGCCAGUCCUGUGAUGUGGCUCUCUGUCUUGUUUUGGAUAGGAACUACUUUGCAGAGUGGCAUCGAUAAAAAAACGAAAAAGAAAAUCAAACAAAAAAUUUCCACUAUUCGUACGUGCAAAUACAAAUCACUGGUGUUACUCUUUAUAUUUCUGCAUAGUUUUGUUUUGAAAAGCUGCAUCUGAUGAAAAAAUGCUGUUCUUUAUGUUGUUUAUGAGAAAUAUUUCUAUAUAGUUUUACUACAUGUAAAUUUUGCAUUGUUAUGUUUACAUUUGCAGCUUAUGAUCAGUCUUUCAAGCUCCAAAGAAAGUUAAUUGAAUUUCUUUCAAUUCACAUUCAAUGAUUUUUGUGUACUUUAGGGCCCAAGUUGUUAAUAAAUUAUUUGAAGUGAAAA